CAGGAAAUAAAUCUUUGCGGACUGGGCCGUUGGGAUCACGUGACGUGAGUGCAAGGGUUUUUAAGCAGAUGCUGGCGCUGGUAACCACCAGUCUGCCUUCGCCUUCCUGCCAUCCGAAGUUAACCCUGCAUGCUGUUUCAGCACACCAUGGUGUCGUGUCUACUGUUGGUCGCAGUCGCCAUCCUAGGGGUGGCGGAGGCUCAGAUUUCUGUAGGAACGGACGCCACCCGUGUGGCCGGGUCUACGGGCUCCGAUGUGGUUGACGCUGUGGUGGACCUCAUCCGCUCCAAUUGUAUCUUUUCGGAGGAUCGUCUGCUUCUCCGACGAAUUGCUUACAUCGAAUCACGUGAUGGCACGGACCCCAAAACCUACAGAACUGGAUACGACGGGGGCAUCUGGCAGGUGGACGAGGACAAGUUCAAUGCGACCCUCCGAUGUAACUCCGUUCUCCGCCAGUACUGCAACCUCCUGAAGCUGCAGCCAUUCAACAUCGACUGGACCCAGGUCACGUGGUCAGACCUGCGCAAACCGCUGUACUCUGGACUGGCAGCUUCCCUCUACCUCAUCCAGCGACUGGGCGCUAACCUGACGGCCAUACCUGGUGAUGUUUUGGGCCAGGCGGACCUGUGGUCCCACUACUACCACUUUGGGGCUCCUCUAGCAGAUUACUCUGGCCUGGCUGCAUCUGCCACCACCUACAGCUGCGAAUCUAAAAUGGACAUCGCCUUUGUCCUCGACAGCUCGGGAAGUAUCAUCAACUCCGACUUCCGUCUCAGCCUCAAUUUCGUCGCUCGUGUCGUCGAGGAACUGUACGAGCCCGAGAGAGUGCGAGUGGCUUCCCUCAUCUACGCGGACACCGUGUCCACAAACUUCAACUUCAACACCUACAACACCAAGGCUCAGAUCACCAACGCCAUUCGCAGCAUUUCCCGCAUCACUGGUGGCACGUAUACCAACCUGGCGCUGGACACGGCUCGCACCACCUUCUUCUCCGGCAACAACAACGCCAAACGUCUGGUCAUCCUCGUCACGGAUGGACAGUCAGCCAGCACCAUACUGACAGCAGCAGCAGCACAGCGACUCAAGAACAAAGGCAUCGUAGUGUUCGCGGUAGGGGUCGGUGGCUAUGACCCCACUGAGCUGCACGCUGUCGCCUCGAGUCCCGUUUGUAGUCACGUGUUUACUCUGGGUGACUUCUCCUUCAUUGAGAGCAUCUUGGACGAGAUCAAACGCAGCACGUGCUUGGCGACUACUAUGCUGUCUACUGUGGAGGGUACUCCUUCUGAGGUGAAAACAAAUUCUUCAAAGCCCUUUACUAUCGGUAUUUCUUCUAAUUCAACGCAGAACACCACUGUCUCGUUUCAAGUGAACUGCGGGAUCCUGGACGUGUACGUGUCCUACACCAACCCCAACCCCAACGCCGCCAUGUACACGGAGAAGUACACGGCGCAGACUGGUCGCCCCGCCUACCUCACCACCUCCGGCACCUACAACGGUCAGCAGGUGUACAUCACCGUGGUGGGCACGCGACUUCCGGCCAAUGAGGCGCAUCUGCAAAACUGCACUGACUACUACUCCAUCGUGUCGCUGGUGGACAAGCCAGUGUGGCAGGUCCGCUGCUGUAAUGGCGCCACCUGUCGCGACUGCACGGCCACGGACUUCCUGCAGCAGGGAAAUCUCCUGGAAGGAGUGUGCGACACGAGGACUCUGGACUUCGCCAACCCCUGCACACCAGAAGCGCUGGUGUCAGGGAAGCUACUCUUCGCCUACCCCUACGACACCAACAAGUUCAUUCGCUGUGACUAUCACGGCGAGGCCUACCUGACGCUGUGUCCAGGUGGAAAGAGGUUCAACCCCAACACGCUCACCUGUGGUUAUGAGAUCACGGGAGAUAUUUACAGGGUGCCUCUACCCUUAGGCUAUCCAAACCCAUGCACCCCGGAGAGAAUAGCAGCGCAGUACCUGUACUUUGAGUACACCCUGGACAGACAACUGUUUAUCCACUGUGACCUGUGGGGCGGCGCCUGGCUACAGACGUGUCCUGCCCAGGAGAUGUGGAGCCAGAACCUGAUGACGUGUGUGGUUGACCAGCCGUACAUCGCCACAACCAACCGCCCCGCCACCAUCACCAACCCCUGCACCCCGUCAGAGCUCGCCCUCGGCAGGUACUUCCACCCGUACCCGUGCGACCACACCCGCUACAUCCACUGUGACGUCAGUGGCCAGUACUGGGUGCAGUUCUGUCCUAACGGCAUGUUCUACAACCCCAGCCUCUUUGUCUGCGUGGUGGGCGACCCCCAGUCCUACGCUGGCUGCAACCAGUGACCCUGUCGACUCUGACCCUGAACUCUCUGACUCCAUGGCAACCAAUGUUUGGAAUCUAGACCGCACAACUGACAAUUGUAUUUUCUGCUUUAGUAGUAAUAGUAGUAGUAGUAAUAAAGUUUAUUUGCAUAGCGACUGUCCCCGCCAUUAAAUGUAGGCUCAAAGCGCGAUUACUAAAACGAAAAACACACAAACAUAAGAAUAAUGGCUGCUACACUGAGGCUGUGUAAGCUCCACCCACAAUGACGUCAUUGUUUUGUCACGUGACUCAUCGCAGGCUGGUUAGCACAUAGUUACAGGUGUCCCAUCAAAUAGUAGACACUGACACGGUGAUAGUAGACACUGACACGAUGAUAGUAGACACUGACACGGUGGUAGUAAACACUGACACGAUGAUAGUAAACACUGACACGGUGAUAGUAAACACUGACACGGUGGUAGUAGACACUGACAUGAUGAUAGUAAACACUGACACGAUGAUAGUAAACACUGACACGAUGAUAGUAGACACUGACACGGUGAUAGUAGACACUGACACGGUGAUAGUAGACACUGAGACGGUGAUAGUAGACACUGACACGAUGAUAGUAAACACUGACACGGUGAUAGUAGACACUGACACGAUGAUAGUAAACACUGACACGGUGAUAGUAGACACUGACACGAUGAUAGUAAACACUGACACGGUGGUAGUAGACACUGACAUGAUGAUAGUAAACACUGACACGAUGAUAGUAGACAGUCGGUGAUUUACACAGAGAUAAACAUGAGCUCCGGCAUCUCCACACACGGAAAGAGAUGAGACUCGCAGAGAGCACGUGAGCUAUGGUAUGGUCACAUGAUCUGUGACUUGAUGACUUGAUCUGUGACCUCAACAAAAUAAGUGACUGAGACGUUAGCUAGAUACACAUUUCACACCACAGCAGCUCACACAGUGUCACAAUCAAGCUAUGAUUCACAGUGUCACAAUCACGCUAUGGUUCACACAGUGUCACAAUCAAUCUAUAUACUGUUCACACUAUCACAAUCAAGCUAUGGUUCACAGUGUCACAAUCACACUAUACCUCGCAGUGUCACAGUUUGAUGCAUUUCACAGUCAUCUUCACCAGUUUCCUUGUAGACAGUUCUUAGGUUCACCGCAAGGUUGACAGUUUGCUUGUGUAUUAUAUAUAUAUGUCAUAUGCCAGCGUUUGACAAUGUGAGUUGAGACAUGUAAUCACAGUUUGCUGUCAUGUCACGUGUACAGGCUGCGCCCUCUGUCAGCAGCUUUGUGCUCACCGAGACACCAGACGCAAACCACAGUUUCAACAUUGUCAAUAAAGAGAAGCAGCGUCA